GUUCAAUGAGCUCAGCAAUUGUGAUAUGAUCCAUAAUCAGCAUGGAACUCUCUGGUCUUCCCUCCAUUUUUCUUCAGAAUUCUCCAUUUUUCUUUUCCUAGUCUCUUCUACCAAGCUCUCGCCGGCCUCUAGCACGUUCUUCACCUGAUUCACAUCUCUUAUAUAUCAACCCCACAAUCUCCAUUUUAAUCCCACACUCAAAUCGCAGCAAAGAAUCCAUUUUCACACACACAAAUUAGCCUUUCUCAGAGCCAAUCUUAUCAAUUCUUGAGCUAUUCUUUUGAAAGUUUCUACCUUCAAUGGCCGCAAAAUCUGAAGGCAAAGCUAUUGGCAUUGAUCUUGGUACCACUUACAGCUGCGUGGGCGUUUGGCAGAAUGAUCGUGUUGAGAUAAUAGCCAAUGAUCAGGGCAACAGAACCACUCCAUCUUAUGUUGCCUUCACUGACACAGAGCGUCUCAUCGGCGAUGCAGCCAAGAACCAAGUCGCCAUGAAUCCUCAAAACACUGUUUUUGAUGCCAAACGUCUCAUUGGUCGGCGCUUCUCUGAUCCUUCUGUUCAAAGUGAUAUGAAGCACUGGCCUUUCAAGGUCGUCUCUGGCCCAGGUGACAAGCCUAUGAUCGUCGUGCAAUAUAAAGGUGAACAGAAACAAUUUGCGCCUGAAGAGAUUUCUUCCAUGGUGCUGACCAAGAUGAAGGAGAUUGCUGAAGCUUUUCUGGGUCACACUGUGAAGAAUGCUGUGAUCACUGUUCCUGCUUAUUUCAAUGACUCGCAGAGGCAGGCAACUAAGGAUGCCGGUGCCAUUGCUGGGCUUAAUGUCUUGAGAAUUAUCAAUGAACCCACAGCUGCAGCCAUUGCUUAUGGCUUGGACAAGAAGGGGUCGAGGACUGGGGAGAAAAAUGUUCUGAUCUUCGAUCUCGGUGGAGGAACAUUCGAUGUUUCUAUUUUAACGAUCGAAGAGGGUAUUUUCGAAGUGAAGGCUACUGCCGGCGAUACCCACCUCGGAGGAGAGGACUUCGAUAACAGGCUUGUUAACCAUUUUGUUGAAGAGUUCAAGAGAAAGCACAAGAAGGAUAUUAGCACCAAUGCCAGAGCUUUGAGAAGAUUGAGAACCGCCUGUGAGAGAGCAAAGAGAACUCUGUCUUCAACCUCACAGACAACUAUUGAGAUUGAUUCUCUUUACGAAGGUAUUGAUUUCUAUGCAACGAUCACCAGAGCAAGAUUUGAAGAACUGAACAUGGAUUUGUUUAGAAAGUGCAUGGAACCUGUGGAAAAAUGUCUGCGAGAUGCAAAAAUGGAUAAAGCUCAAGUUAAUGAUAUUGUUCUCGUUGGUGGGUCGACAAGGAUUCCAAAAGUUCAACAACUUUUGCUAGAUUUCUUCAAUGGAAAGGAACUCUGCAAGAGCAUAAACCCUGAUGAAGCUGUUGCGUAUGGAGCUGCAGUCCAAGCUGCAAUAUUAAGCGGUGAAGGUGAUCAGAAAGUUCAAGAUUUGCUUCUGCUGGAUGUCACUCCUCUCAGCCUUGGAAUUGAAACCGCCGGCGGCGUCAUGACGGUUUUGAUUCCGAGGAACACAACAAUUCCGGCCAAGAAAGAGCAAGUUUUCUCAACGUAUUCUGAUAACCAGACCAGUGUGCUCAUCCAAGUGUACGAAGGAGAACGAGCAAGAACCAAAGACAACAAUCUUCUCGGCACAUUUGAGCUCAAGGGCAUCCCCCCAGCUCCGAGAGGGGUUCCCCAGAUCAAUGUAUGUUUCGACAUUGAUGCAAAUGGGAUCUUGAAUGUGACGGCGGAGGACAAAACUGCCGGAGUGAAGAACAAGAUAACAAUCACCAAUGAUAAGGGAAGAUUAAGCAAGGAAGAGAUUGAGAGAAUGGUGCAAGAAGCAGAGAAGUACAAAGCAGAGGAUGAGCAAGUGAAGAAGAAGGUAGAAGCCAAGAAUGCCUUAGAGAACUACGCUUAUAAUAUGAGAAAUACAGUGAAGGAUGAGAAAAUUGGAGGUAAGCUGAAUCCAGGAGACAAGCAGAAGAUUGAGAAGGCCAUUGAUGAGACAAUUGAAUGGCUUGAUAGGAACCAAUUGGCUGAUGUUGAUGAAUUUGAAGACAAGUUGAAAGAAUUGGAAGCCUUGUGUAAUCCAGUUAUUUCAAAGAUGUAUCAAGGAGGUAGUGGUGAAGAUGGGCCGAUGGACGGCAGUGCUCAGCCCGGUAGUGGGUAUGGUUCUGCUAGCUCUGGUGGUUCUGGAGCAGGGCCAAAGAUUGAAGAGGUAGAUUAAGGGUUUAAAAAAAUAAUGUAGCUCUGUUUCAGCUUGUUCUUUAGCAAUUCCUGAUAAUGCUUGUAAUUCUGUAACAAUAAUAAUAAUCAUGAUGCUUGCAGUUUAGGAAUGUUUAUGACAGAACACACUUGUUUUAUGAAAUAAAAGGAGUUUUUCUUGAAA